UACGUAUUCUUCUCUGAGCACUGUAGACUGAUUUAUAAAAUAUCAUUUUCACUUUCCAAACCUCACUGACUCACAGGGGUUUCUGGGGGAAUUUAACCGCUCGCACAACACGUGUUUGUGUGUGUGUUUAUGCGAGGGGGAGUUUCCAUUGCGAGUGGGUCUCCACUGUGGGCAGAGGGAAAUCUUUACAGUCUCAUAUUACAGCAUCGUGAGGGGGAAGUGAGAACGUGUCUGUACAUCCUCAUAAAUCUCUUGUUUCUGCCUCUCUGACUCAUUUGAUAUUUGAACCUGAUCAGUCACUGUACUGUAUGGAAUCAAAUCAUUUGAAUUCAUUUUAAAGACUUCACAGCCAUUCAAGAGCAAUGCAAGGACCAGAACUGGUGGACUCGAGGAGUCGUUUUCGAUUUAUUGAGUCAUGUCUUGGCUUGAUGGGCUGUUUGUGUAUCUGCUAUGCGAUCUGUACACCUCAAUGGCUGGAUGGCAGGGGUCUGUGGUCCUCAGGGAACGAGACCACACCGGACAACAGCUGCUUCACCGAGGACAUUACUAAAGCUCUGAAGGCUGAGAGAGUGUUUGCUGUGGUCGCUCUCCUGAUGUCUGUGAGCUCUGGAGUGCUGUGUCUCAUGUUCGCCCUCUGCUGGACGUCUCAGACGGUGCGCUCCUAUUCCAACACUCGCUCACUGCUGAUGGCAGGCCAGGCGCUUGACCCGACCUCACUGCUACUGCUCACACUAGUACCUACAGGAUUUUUAUUUUUUCUCAGCUGGGCGCUUUUCACCCAUCAACAUAUUGGUGAGAUCAGGGAUGACAUCACUCGACUUGGACUGUCCUAUUGGCUGGGAGUGGUGGGUUGGGGUUUGCUAAUGGCUGUGUUGCCUGUAGUCUUCCUGGCGGAGAAGUUUGUGGUUCCUGACAUCCUGCCGGAGCUAAUAAAGUCCACUGAUAUGUGGUGGAAGGCCCCGGAGGUUGCACACGCACGAUCGCUUAGUGAAGGUUGCCCUCGUCCACAGCACAAGUCUCAUCCUGACUUCAGGAGGUACAUGUCAGUGCCUUGAACGAGAGGAAAGAGGUAGCAAGGAAAUGCACAAGAGAAGAGACUCUGGUCUCGUUGGUCUUGUAGCCAAAUAUAUGAGCAGAGCAUAUGUCUCAAAACGGGUGUCAAGGACCAGGAUGAGAAACCUGUAACUGUUCUCCAGGAUAUGGGACACACAGCUACAGGAUGUAUUAAGGUUCUGUGCUGGCUUUGGCAGUGGUUUCACAGCUGUACUUGGACGAGGAUGCCCCAAAAUAUGUUUUUUACACAUCAGUUCACGAUCUAAGUGUGGAACAUAAAGGUGAAAGGAUCUUCAACCGAUUAUUUCUCCAUAACUUUUCAUAGUCGCCUGCAGUUGUCAA